AAACCUAUCCAAAGUUCCCAUCCUUGGGUAUCUGAUACUAAUCAUACUAUAUUAUAAAGAAUGUUUGCUGAUUUCAAAGCUAUCCCAUUUUCCAAGCUUCUAGUUCUCUUAAACGGUGAUUCUUGUCAUUUUUAAAGGAUUUCAUAAGAUGGGUAAGUAAUUUACGGAUCAUAGAAACUGAACUUGGUCCAUGUGUUAUUGUUAAAUGGCUAAGAAGGGCUGGUUUAUCAUGUUUAAGAAGCUCUUUCUAUGGGACACAUAUUCCUCACAAGAGAAGAAGGAGAAAAGAAGGAGUUGGAUAUUUGGAAGGGUAAAGACCAAGAAGAGAUUGCCUUCAAUUACAGCUCCACCACCAUCAAAAGAAACAAGACUAAGUGAAGCUGAGGAAGAACAAAGCAAGCAUGCUUUAUCAGUGGCCAUUGCUUCAGCUGCUGCUGCUGAAGCUGCUAUUACUGCUGCUCAGGUUGCUGUUGAGGUUGUUAGGCUCCAAUCUACUCAUCAACAACUUAGAGAAAAACAAGAACAACUUCAGCCUGUUAAAACAAGCCAUGAUGUUCCCCAUUCCACAUACCAAUGCCAGAGGCAGAUUGAAGAGUCUUCGGCCAUCAAAAUUCAAACAGCAUUUAGAAGUUACCUAGCAAGGAAAGCUUUGAGGGCAUUGAAGGGAAUAGUGAAGCUUCAAGCUAUCAUUCGCGGUAGAGCUGUGAGACGCCAAGCUAUGAGUACUCUGAAGUGCUUGCAGUCCAUUGUGAGUAUCCAAUCACAGGUCUUUGCAAGGAGACUCCAAAUGGUUGAAGAAAGAUGGGAUUGUAGUGAACAUGAAGAGGUGCAAGGCUCUAGAGACAAGAUAAUAAGGAUGGACUCAAACAGUGAAAGAAGAUGGGAUGACAGCAUUUUGUUGAAGGAAGAGGUAGAUGCCUCUUGCAUAAGCAAGAAAGAAGCACUUGUUAAGAGAGAGAAAGUAAAAGAAUACUCAUUUAACCACAGGAGAUCAGCUGAAUCAGAAAGAAAUAAAAUAAAUGGAAGAUGGAGGUACUGGAUGGAGCAGUGGGUAGACACCCAACUUUCCAAGAGUAAAGAACUUGAAGAUUUAGACUCAGUUUUCAGCUCACAUUAUUCUAGAGCUAGGGGGGAGGAAUGUGGAAGGAGACAACUAAAUCUUAGAAAUAUUCAGAAACAAAAUAAGGUUGAAGGAUUAGAUUCUCCAACAGUUACUUCAAGGAACUCUUUGCCCCACAGAAGCCAAACUUCAGAGGCAGAAGAUCACUCAUUUCCAAGCUCUCCGGCAAUUCCUACAUACAUGGCUGCAACAAAAUCAACACAAGCAAAAGCAAGAUCAAGUAGCUCCCCAAGAGCAAGGACAGGAAUGAAUUUUGACAUGAACUCUGAUAGCUAUUCACCAUGCAAGAAAAAGCUAUCAGUUGUUACUUCUAUUAAUAGUGAAGUGCUUGGUAAUGGUAGGAUGGGAAGGCUAAGUAGUAAUCAGCAAAGAUCUCCAAGCUUAAAGGGCCAUUCAAGACCUCUAAAAUUAGUUCAGACAUUGAGGGAUCUCAGCAUUAAUUCAGAUUGCUCAGUGCCAAUUUCUGAUCAACAAAGUUCCUUUAAGUGAUGGAUACUGAUGCUCUUGUGUUACCAUUGUUCUCAGCGCCAUGAGGGGUUUGAAGUGAGAAAAUUGUUUGUUGUCAUGUAUAUGCUAGUAAAAAUUGAUUCUUUUUGGUUGAUAAUGGACUUCAACGUGACAGAGUUGUUAAUUUAUUCACUAAAUAAUUCUUGACUUGUUUGCUCUCAACAAUAUGACCAUAUCAAAUGCAUCCUAUGGCUUUGUUAUGUACAACUAAUGUUCUUGCCUUUUGGUUUUGGUGAUCAUAAGCAACUUUUGUUUUGCUUUGCGA